AUGGCAUCUCCGUUCUAUGUUCCAGUCUCGCUCGAUCAUACCGCCCUUCUUCUCUCCGAUGUUCAAUCUCAAAUCCUCCGACGUUUCUCUCAAGAAGAGCAGGCUGCUUAUCUCGGCAAAGUCCUGAAACUUCUAAACUUCUUCCGCUCAGAGAUCAAAUCUCGUCGUGCCUCAGCCAAGGCAGAGAAUUCUCGAUCCCUGUAUGACAAUGUGCCUCUGAUUAUCCAUCAUACGCUUCCCUUCAACAUCAACUCAAACGCAUUCGUGUCGCCUUAUAAUAAGCUUGCAAGCUGGGUGGCCAAGCUCGAAGCUAGCGGUGCCUUUGCCAAUGCGCCUUCUGACCCUCAUCGUCCUCACUAUUGUGUUCCUUCUGAGCUAGUGCCUCCGGGAGGCUGGGGAGGGAAGGAUGAGAUUUUGCUCGGUAAACUGCAACCGAGCUGUUUUGGGUCCUCAGAUCUACUCGCUUACCUACGGGCUCGUGGGAUCAGACAUGUUGUACUGGUUGGAUUGACGACUAUGGGGAGCAUUCUGAGUAGUGCGAGGGCUGGUGCUGAGCUGGACUUUCACGUUAUCUGUGUUGAGGAUGGGAUUAUUGAUGAUGACCCUGAGGUUCAUGAUUUCAUCAUGAAGCGUAUUCUACCUAAGUUUGUUGACGUUGUCACGACCAAGAAUAUCGUGAACCUGGGAAAGGAAAAGUCAGGUGGCUAG